UUGUCCAGUUAGAAAUUUUAGAAGCUGACAAGUUGAUAACAGAGUUGAUAACCACCGUGUUUCCCAGUUUCAAACUGAGUUUGUAACUGGGGCUGCACGUAUUGAUAUUGUGAAACAUAUUAUUAUUACACUUAUGUACUGCUUCCGGCGAACAUGGACAAUUAUGUCAUUUACGGGCAGAUUUCUGCAUCACUCCCAUCAGACCAUUCAGUUGUUUACAAGGGUCGGAAGAGAGGAACCCUCAGCUUCGUUGCUAUCCACCGUUAUGAUAAGUUUUUACGGCCUGAGGUCACCAAUGCUGUGAGACUGACACAUUCACUCAAUAGCAAGAAUGUGGUGAGAUUCUACGAGUGGUAUGAAACCACUAACCACAUCUGGGUUGUCUACGAGCUAAGCAGUGGUGGAACAUUAACUGACGUGAUCAGGCAAGAUGGCUGCAUGCCUGAAUCAGCAGUACAGACACUUGGGAUUAACCUUGCAUCUGGACUCUUCUAUAUACAUUCGAGUGGGAUGGUAUAUGGUGAUCUUUGUCCAGACAAGGUGUUGCUUGGUUCUACACCGCUACUGAAGUAUUCAGAUUUUGGCCUCGCACAGCGAGACGGAGAGGAUCUGCAAGAUGUCCUCGAUGGCUUUGCGGAAACUGAAGACUUUGAUGACAGUUUGGAAUCUACCACUGGUUAUACAGAUGUCUCUAGCUUAGGAAACACUCUCUACAAAGCGCCAGAGCUACUGUUGGGAGAGUCCCCCACCCAGGCAUCAGAUCUGUGGUCAUUCGGAUGUGUGCUGUAUGAACUCUACACAGGUCACCCGCCCUAUAAAGCACAGAGUUUCGCUGAUCAGAGAGAGAAGAUUCUAAAUGGAGGCUAUCCUUCGCUGAAAAGGAAAGACGGCAAGGCACCAUCUGCUGAUUUGCUCGACUUGCUUGCAAAACUGAUGUGCAAGAAUGCCGAUGAUAGAAUGAAAUGGCCCGACCUGGUGAGCCAUCCGUUUUGGAACGAGCUGUUAGCGGUUGCUGUCGGCGAUCAGAUCUCACUCCUGCCAACAGAUGGCGCUGUCACCGUCGGCAGCUUGGCGACGUCCAGCUGGGAUUCGUCAACAGGUACCUCAUCGUCUGUGCGACGUGUGCAGCGUGAGCCGGGCGCGGGGGAGGGAGACGCCGAGGCAACAACCAGCGCAGCUGAGGCGACCCACGCCUCGGCGAGCAUGGCAGAGAUGCCCUCCGACCCCAGGCAGGAACGUUCGGAUAACAUGAACGAUCCAAGGCUGUCGAAGUCAGAUGCGGAUGCUGACUCCAGGCAGUCAAGGUCGGAUGCAGUCGCUGACCCCAGGCAGUCAAGGUCGGAUGCAGUCGCUGACCCCAGGCAGUCAAGGUCGGAUGUAGUCGCUGACCCCAGGCAGUCAAGGUCGGAUGUAGUCGCUGACCCCAGGCAGUCAAGGUCGGAUCCAGUCGCUGACCCUAGGCAGUCAAGGUCGGAUGUAGUCACUAACACCAGGCAGUCAAGGUCGGAUGUAGUCGCUGACCCUAGGCAGUCAAGGUCGAAUGCAGUCACUGACACCAGGCAGUCAAGGUCGGAUGCAGUCGCUGAACCUAGGCAGUCAAGGUCGGAUGCAGUCGCUGACCCCAGGCAGUCAAGGUCGAAUGUAGUCGCUGACCCCAGGCAGUCAAGGUCGGAUGUAGUCGCUGACCCCAGGCAGUCAAGGUCGGAUGUAGUCACUGACACCAGGCAGUCAAGGUCGGAUGCAGUCACUGACACCAGGAAGUCAAGGUCGGAUGUAGUCGCUGACCCCAGGCAGUCAAGGUCGGAUGUAGUCACUGACACCAGGCAGUCAAGGUCGGAUGCAGUCACUGACACCAGGAAGUCAAGGUCGGAUGAGGUAGCUGAUCUGAGGCGGUCAAGGUCGGAGGAGCUCGCUGACUCCAAACAGAUGAGAGCCGAUGAGCUGCCAGACCCGAAGCAGGCAACCUCUGAGGAAUGCUUCAACCUUUCCCCGAGAUCAGCUCCACACAAGAAUGACCCGCUGCAGAUGUCGAUCAGCUUGAGUUCGCGACCUUUUAACUCGACGACAUCGCUGUCCGGGUUGGGUUUCCCAGAGAAGGUGCUGAAGGCAGCAGAGCGGAAGGCAGAGAUGGGGAGGACGGUCGUUGUGCGUAGAUCAGCGGAUCACACCGAAGAGGUGACACCAGUGAAGAAGUGCGUGGCUUGGAAGGCCGCUAAGAUUGCCUACCACAUUUCUGAUCUCACCAGAACUCCCAUCAUUGACAACCCAAAGGUCUUCAAGAGGAAGAUAACGACUAAGUGGGAUGCUAAGACUUUGCCUCUUCAAGUUUAUUCACUGGAGGAGGUGGCGGUGUUGGAGCCGGCCGACCUCACGGACUACCUCUCACAGCUGCUGCAGCAUCUCUCGCAGCCUGUUGCAGCGAAGGCGUCCGCGCUGCGCUCGCGCGUCCAGCUGCUCAGCUACACGGGCCACCUGUGCCAGUGUCCGAGCAUCGCGGAUGCUCUGCUGUCUCUGUGCGCCCUCGAGCUGCUCGUGCCGGACGUCAAGCGGCAGCCACACGUCGACCUAAAGUGUCUCGUUGCAUGGCUGGUUGGAGUGAUUUGCUAUCAUGCGCAGCAUGUGGAGCAGCAAUAUGUACUCAUAGAGACAGUGACGCUGCUUUCUGAGAUCACGCGCGACUGCAAUCGCGUCGAGAGGGUUGGCCCUAGGCUGGUGGCUGCACUCGGUGAAAUGCUAGCCCUUGUCGCACGACAGGAAGAGGCAGGGAAGGCAGAUGAGGAGGAAGAGGAGGAAGGAGAGGAGGGGGAGGGGGAGGAGGAGGCAAAUACAAACAAUGGUCGUUCAGGAUUGAACAACAAGCCACCAUGGAAUCUUCCUGUUAUGACCUUCACUGUGUUCAUCAAGGGCUUACAAAACAAGGAGAAUGCAACGCUAAGUCACGCCGCUGUGAAGACAAUCGAGAAUGUGAGUGUGACGGGUGGCGCCACCUGCCGGAAAUUUGCUACGAACGAGGUCGCCAAGCUUCUGUGGAACGUGCAUUUGAACAGCACCGUUGAAAACCAGCGCUACAGUGCCGUCUUGGCGCUGUGCCGACUUUGUCGCCUCGUACCGCAGCUCUUCCAGAGCAUCAUAGAGAAUGUUGGGAUUCGUGAAGCCCUGCAGGCGCUCGACGACGCCGGCCCGAAGAGCCGGCAGCUGCUCGUGACGAUGUUUGUGUGCGUGCUGAAGACGAGGCACGCGCAGGCAAGCAGGUUCCUUCAGAGCGGGGAGAUGCUUGGGCAGUUUGUGAAGCAGCUGGAUAGUGCCACGGUGAUGCUGCGCGCAAAGGCUUACCUCGCCAUCUGUGCGGCCGUCGACAUGCAUCGCCCCCUGCUGGCAAAGGUCUGCGAAUCCAGGCUGCUGGCGCAUGUGGAGAGAGACUGGCGACUGUGCUGCGUAGUGGACACCGGUGACCAUCACCUCGACUACCUGCAACGCUGCCUCGACGUGCUAGCAUGCAGCCUCGGCAGCUACGUGCCUCUGAUACUCGACGACAUACUCGCGACACUGAUGCUGUGUAAGCUGAAGCAGCCAUAUCCAAGCAGUGUCCACUCGGAACUCGAACAAGACGAGAUGAAGCCACAUUCAAGCAGUCUCCACUCGGAACUGGUUCCAAUUUCAAAGCGAGAUGAAGCCAUAUUCAAGCGAUUAAUACUCGGAACUGGCUCCAUGCGGAAGCAUCGCACAGUGACCUGAGAUGGUACCAAACCUUUUUGGUUUGACCCUGUCAGCGCAUGCGUGGCAAUAGAUUAAAAGUUUGCAUUCAAUGUGGUUUUGAUUAGGCCAAUAGAGUUGGAUACAUGCAAUUAUCGUUCAGCGAUACGAAUACAUAAGCGAUUUCACUGCUUGUAAUACAUUUGUUACCAUUACUCGCAUUAUAUUGCUUGUACAUAGGUCGAUUCGUGCGCGCGAGCGCGUGCACCCUUUACUACUUUGUUAUGUAAAAAUGUUUAUAGGCAAAUAAACUUUGUCGGCAUGUUA